AUGCGCCCAAUUUCCCCCUUCAUACAGCGAUGGGCUUCAACCGCAUGGACGUUACCCACACGAGUUGGUCGAGAUGUGAACUCAGGUUCAAAAUUGAAUUCCAUUUGUAGUAGAUGUCGCCUCCAGCAACGUCGUCAGUUUACCAAGACUCGCAAAGUAUUCGACAAUUUAUACAACGUGGACCACCCUGCGAAACUUGUACGAGUGAAUCAGAAGCAUGGACCGGGACUUAUUAUCAUUGCUUUGAUCCCAAUUCUUUCCUUCGCACUUGGUUCAUGGCAGGUUCAACGAUUAGAUUGGAAAACCAAGCUGGUCGCCAAAUUCGAGGAUCGUUUGGUCCGCCCUCCUCUGCCCCUUCCACCUCGGAUUGAUCCGGAUGCGAUUGCCGAGUUUGACUAUCGUCGCGUACAUGCCACGGGCCACUUCAAGCAUGACAAGGAGAUGCUCAUUGGUCCCCGAAUGUGGGAAGGUGAAGAUGGGUUCAUGGUUGUCACCCCUCUGGAACGUGAAGAUGGCCAGAGCACGGUGCUUGUGAACCGAGGGUGGAUUUCGAAGAAAAUGAUGGAUCAGAAGGACCGGCCAGAGAGCCUACCUACAGGAGAGGUAAUAGUGGAGGGUUUGCUACGAGAACCGUGGGAGAAAAAUAUGUUUACGCCUGACAAUAAGCCUGAAGAGGGCAAGUUCUACUUUCCGGAUAUUGCGCAGAUGGCUGAGCUGAGUGGAAGUCAGCCUGUAUGGAUUGAAAGCACUAUGGUGCCUGAUCUCCUCGAAUCAUAUGACCGUCAGGCCAAGGGUAUUCCUAUUGGCCGCGCCGCGGAGGUCAACUUGAGAAACAAUCACGCGCAAUACAUUUUCACCUGGUACGGCCUUUCUCUGGCCACUUCUGUCAUGCUGUGGAUGCUUGUACGCAAGAAGCCCAACGAGGCCCUGCGCCGAGUUCGUCAGAACCGAAACUGGUAG